CAGCUUCAUUAACAUCGAUGUGGUCAGAGGCAGAAGUAAGCAACAGGAACAAAGUUGUGUUGCCUGGUGUCCAUCGUUUGCUACAUUUACUCGCAAAAUACCUCCACUUCGAACCGAAUCAGCACGCAACGAGAUAGCUAUUGUCCAGAAGACGACUGUUUUUCGACUCUACUAAGUCCAGUUUGGGCACGUUGUGGGGGGGUCUGGAUGUGCUCGGUGUUCCCUGGGUGAGCUUCAGUCCGCGUCGCUCCUGCACCGAAGAUGACUUAAACUGGAGAAAUACUUUGUAAUCCUGGGACUCCGACGGACUGGACUGGGUUUGGACUUAUUUUGGGGGGGCACGUCUUCCUGCCAGGCUCGUCGGUGACAGCGUUGGUGUGGAAAUACUUUCACCUACUAAUUAUCUCGACCUUGCAACGCUCCAGCAUUGGAGCGGUUGAUUUGCUACCAUGGCGUCCCAUGGAGACUCAGCCGAGGGAGGAGCUAACGAAGAGUUCAAUGAUAUCAUCAAGUGGAGAUCCGAUGAGCAUGAUGCGGUACAAAAGAAAACAUUCACCAAGUGGAUAAACGCACAGUUCUCAAAGAGCGGCAAGUCGCCUAUCAAGGACAUGUUUUCAGACCUGAAGGAUGGGAGGAAGCUGUUGGAUCUGCUUGAGGGCCUCACAGGCACCGCACUGACCAAAGAACGAGGCUCCACCAGAGUUCACUCUCUCAACAACGUCAACAAAGUUCUACAAGUCCUGAACCAAAACAAUGUGGAUCUUGUCAACAUUGGCGGGACAGAUAUCGUGGACGGGAACCAUAAGCUGACUCUGGGUUUGAUCUGGAGUAUUAUUCUGCACUGGCAGGUGAAAGACGUUAUGAAGGAUGUCAUGUCGAACCUUCAGCAGACCAACAGCGAGAAGAUCCUGCUUAGCUGGGUCCGCCAGUGCACCCGCUCGUACCCGGAAGUCAAUGUGCUCAACUUCACCACCAGCUGGGCUGAUGGGUUGGCCCUCAAUGGCAUCCUGCACCACUUCAGGCCAAAUGCUUUUGAAUGGGACCAGGUGGUCCGACUGAGUCCUGUGGAGAGACUGGACCAUGGAUUUGCUGUAGCCAAAGAACAGCUUGGUAUUGAGAGGCUUCUGGAUGCUGAAGAUGUGGCCGUGCAGUUGCCAGAUAAGAAGUCCAUCAUCAUGUACGUGACGUCGCUGUUUGCCGUGCUGCCCAAGGAGGUCACCAUGGAGUCCAUUCGAGAAGUGGAAACACUGCCACGGAAAUACAAAGUCGAGGCUGAGGAUGUUCAGGGGCUCAGUGCUCAGAAUGUGCCGACGGCAGAGUCGGGCAGCAGCCCCCUUUCGGACCGACCCGGCUCCCUCACGGAAGUGGAGAUGGAAGGCAGCUUGCUGGAAGUGGACCUGGACAGCUACCAGACCACACUGGAGGAGGUUCUGACCUGGCUGCUGUCGGCUGAGGAUGCCCUGCAAUCCCAGGACGAGGUGUCGGACGAUGUGGAGGAGGUUAAAGAUCAGUUCCACACCCACGAGGAUUUCAUGAUGGAGCUGACAGCUCACCAGAGCAGCGUGGGGAACGUUCUGCAUGCAGGCAACCAGCUCAUUGCCCAGGGAAACCUGACAGACGAGGAAGAGGAUGAAAUCCAGGAGCAAAUGACCCUUCUGAACGCCCGCUGGGAAGGCCUCCGAGUCGCCAGCAUGGACCGGCAGGCCAGGCUCCAUGAAGUCCUAAUGGAUCUCCAGCAGCAGCAGUUGCAGCAGCUGUCCGAUUGGUUGACGCAGACCGAAGAUCGGAUCCGAAGAAUUGAGUCUGAACCUGCAGCGAAAGACCUGGACUUGUACAAAGAGCAGAUCGAGCAACACAAAGUGCUGCAAAAUGACCUAGAAGCAGAGCAGGUGAAGGUGAAUUCACUCACUCACAUGGUGGUCGUGGUGGAUGAGAACAGCGGCGACAGUGCCACCGCUGCCCUGGAGGAGCAACUACAAACGCUGGGUGAGCGCUGGGCGGCAGUGUGUCGCUGGACGGAAGAGAAGUGGCACAAGCUGCAGGAUGUCUUCCUGGUGUGGCAGCAGCUUCUCUCUGAUCAGAAUGUGUUCAGAGCCUGGCUAGCAGAAAAAGAAGAUGCCUUGAGUGAAGUUCAAACCAGCAAUUUCAGGGACCCCAGCGAAAUGAACACUAACGUCCGUCGUCUUGCUAUAUUGAAGGAAGACAUGGAGAAGAAGAGAAGAACCCUGGACCAGCUGUCAGAUGCCGGGCAGGAUGUGAUUUCGUUACUGAGAAGCCCCGAGGCAGGAACCAAAAUUGAGACCGACACUGAAGAACUGACCCACAGAUGGGACAACCUGGUGCAGAAGCUGGAGGACUACUCCUUUCAGGUGAUGGAGGCUGCCACGGACGCAGGGAUGAGUCCAGUGGAGGAGCAAGUCAGUUUGACCACCGUGGUUGCUGCAACAUCAACCGCCGGCCAGGAGUUGGCUCCUCCGGCACCUCCGAAGAAGCGACUGGUGGAGACGGACGUUGAAAUCAGACGAAUAUAUGAAACCAAGCUGGCCGACCACCUCGGUUGGAUGAAGACGUGGAAGGCAUCAGCUCAGGCUUUGGCUGCGAUGAAUCCUGAAAUCUCAACAGAGACUUCCGACCUGCAAGAAAAGCUGCAGGCUUUGGAGCUGGAACUGGCUGGAAAAGAAGACGCCACCAGUCAGCUGGUGCAGGAAGGCCGACUUCUGGUGGACCAACUGGAAAGAGAAGGCGCUUGUGUGGACGCCGUGAGGAGAGACAUUAAUUUGAUCCAAAGCGAUUGGGAUGUGUUUGGGAGGGAGCUGCAGGCGGCCCAGGAACGAGUGAACACACAGAGCAGGUUCACGGCGCUGACUGCCGAUCUCGUACAUCUGGACCAGACCUUGAAGGAGCAGGACCAGUGGCUUGCUUCGGCCUCUCCAGUAGACAAGUGUGAUGGUCCAGAACUCGAACACAUCAGUAAAGAAUGUCAGACACUGCUUGCUCUUGUCGCUGCCCUGAGCCCCAAACUGGAGCAGCUUUCUACUGACGUGGGGUCACUGGGAGCCGUUCCAUCUUUGAAAGAUCAGAUGGUGGUGGUCUCUGCUCAUCAUGCCUCGACACUACAGCAGCUGCAGAACAGACAAAAAGCUGUCAGCGAAGCUUUGGCCAGUUUGGAAUCCAGUCGGUUGAAGAUCCUGGCUGUGGAGGGUCUGGAGGCACGGCUAGCUACGCUGAGAGAGGGAAUAGUGGACGUACCUACCACCAGGGCUGCAGUAGAGAGGGCACAGGCUCUGUGUCUGGAGAUUGAGCAAACGCAGCAAGCGUCUGAUUCUGCUGAACUGAAAAGAUGGAGUCAACUUUCCAGCAGCGCCCGGGACGAGCUGAGCACGCUGCAGUGCAUCUUGGGAAGCAUGAAGGACUAUCAGGUGUGUUUGGUGGAAGCAGAACGUUGGCUAGAUGGAGUGGAGGAUUUGUUGUCACAUAAUGUGAACCGGAUGGAAAAAGCAGAAGGUCUUGAGGAAGAGCUGAAGAAGUGCAAGGUGUAUGUGGAUCAGAUGGAGUCGGUGGAAGGUUCAUUGAAGCAGAUGAAAGAGAAUGUGAGUGCAGUUCAGGCGGCACUAGUGCCAGGGCUGGCCAAGUGGGAGCAGGACAAGUUGGUCGAGUGCCAAAGCAGAUGGGACAUGCUCAGUAAACAGCUCUCGAGCCACCAGAAGUGCGUGGCAGAGAACCAGGAGCGACAAGUGAAUCUGAGGAAGGACCUGACUGAGAUGCAGGAGUGGAUGGCUCAGGUGGAUGAAGAGUUUCUGAUGCGAGACUUUGAGUACAAAAGUCCAGAGGAGCUGGAGGCAUCGCUGGAGGAGAUGAAGAGAGCAAAAGACGAUGUCCUGCAGAAGGAGGUGAAAGUAAAGAUCCUGAAAGACAGUAUCAACAUGUUGGUAUGCAAAACAGCGCCCCCCGAUGGAGGCAGCGGCCAGGGCCUGACAUCUGAACUGGAUGGGGUUCUAGCCAACUACCACAAGCUCUGUGACCGCUUCAAGAGCAAGUGCCACACUCUUGAGGAGGUUUGGUCCUGUUGGAUGGAGCUUCUUCAGUAUCUGGACAUGGAGCAUGCGUGGCUCAACACUGUGGAGGAGAAGGUCCACACUACAGAGAAUGUUCCAGAGAGCACUGAGGCUGUCAAUGAGGCUCUUGAGUCUUUGGAGACCGUGCUUCGCCACCCUGCGGACAACAGAACACAGAUCAGGGAGUUGGGGCAGACCCUGAUAGAUGGUGGCAUUUUGGAUGAACUCAUCAGUGAGAAACUCGAGGCCUUCAAUUCUCACUACGAACAACUAAAUCAGCAGGCGGUGAAUCGGCAGGUUGCCCUGGAGCAGCAGCUGCAGACGCUGAAGGAGAACGAUCAGGCCCUUCAGACUCUGCAUGAGUCCCUGACCCAGCUGGAUCACAUUCUGGCAUCCUACCUUACUGACCGGAUCGACGCUUUCCAGCUUCCGCAGGAGGCACAGACAAUCGGGGCAGAGAUCGCUGCCCACGAAGCCACAGUGGAGGACAUGAGGAGGAGGAACAUCGCCAACCUGCCACCCCCAGCUGCUGAUGGCAAAGCAGCCAGAGGAGGAACUAUGUUAGACCACCUUCAGAGAAAGCUGCGAGAGAUUUCCACGAAGUACCAGCUCUUCCAGAAGCCUGCCAACUUCGAGCAACGCAUGUUGGACUGUAAAAAGGUCUUGGAUGGUGCCAAGUCUGAGCUCCACAUUCUGGAUGCCACAGAAGUAGAACCAGAGAAGAUCCAAAUCCACCUUAAUGGCUGCAUGAAACUGUAUAAGUUGCUGAGUGAGGUGAAGCUGGAGGUGGAGACGGUCAUCAAAACAGGCCGCCAGAUAGUUCAGAAACAGCAGACCGAGAACCCGAAGGCAAUGGACGAGCAACUUACUGCGCUCAAACUUCUCUACAAUGACCUGGGAGCUCAGGUAACGGAAGGGAAGCAGGACUUGGAGAAAGCUCUGAGUCUGUCUCAGAAGUUUCAGAAGGAGAGUGCUGCAUUGCAGGACUGGCUGACUCCUGCUGAGGGUCAACUCCAGCAAAAGAACAGCAGUGGAGACAUGCCAGCGGACAUCGAUGCAGAGAUUGCCUGGGCCAAUGGUCUGUUGAAGGAGUCGGAGCGUCGGAAAGCCGACCUCUCUGGCCUGUCCGAGACCAGUGCCGGUCUGCAGACCCUCAUCGAGGGCAGCGAGGCUCAGCUGGAGGAGAAACUGUCUGGCUUAAAUGAAUCCUGGGAUCGUGUCCGCACUUGGACCGAGGACUGGCUGAGCGCUGUGCUUAGUCACCAGAAUGAGGUGGAAAUCUUUGACGAGAACGUAGCUCACAUCAGCACCUGGCUGUACCAGACCCAGAUCCAUCUGGAUGAGGCCGAGCGACUCUCUCCUGCAGAGAGGGAGAAAACAGUGAAGCGGAUGUUGGAGGAGCUUGAACAUAUCGGUCUACGCGUGGACAACGUGAGAGACCAGGCGGUUAUCCUCAUGACCAGCAGGGGCCCAGCCUGCCGGGAGGUGGUGGAGCCGAAACUGACGGAACUCAACUGUAACUUCGAUAAAGUCUCGCAGCAUAUCAGGACGGCACAGAUGAUGACCAGUCUGGAGUCGAGUGGAGUCGAGUUGAACCAGCUAGAACCUAAGACGAUGAUGGUGACCAAAGUAGACUUCCAGAAUCAGACCCGCCCCACUGAGAUCCUGGUGUCCGAAGUGCAGGAUGCACUGAGAUCUAUUCAGGAGCAGCAGGAUGUGGCCACCAUACUGGAUGAUGACAAGAUGGAUGAGGAGAAAGCCAGAGUGGAAAAUCUGCUCAGAAGAGGAGAAGAUCUGUUGCAGCAAACUUCAGACGACGUCCAGCGGGAGGAAUUGAGACUCAUGUUGCUGCGGCUGCAGAGUCAAUACUCAGCUCAGAGGGAGUCGAAGUGGCUACGAAUCAGACAAUUGGAAACAACAGUGGAUACCUCAUCUUCCAUCACAUUCUCAGAUGAAGUCAGUGGCUUUUCAAGCAAGGGAGUUUCCGCGGACGUGUGCGUCCACACUCCUGCGUUCAGCUCUUCUGACUACAUGUUGGACAUCAACAAAGUUCUGCUCGCCAUGGCAGACAACGAGUUGCUUCUGAACUCAUCAGAACUCAGCGGGGGUCUGUACGAAGACUUCUCCAGCCAGGAGGACACACUCAGGAAUAUCAAAGAAAAUUUGGAACGUCUUGGCGAUCAGGUGACAGCGAUUCACGAGCGCCACCCAGAUGCCAUCCAGGAAGCGUCUCCUGCUGAGGUCAAUCAGAUCGGGGACUCCCUCUCUCAGCUCAACGCGGAGUGGGAUCGACUCAACCGCAUGUACAACCACCGCAAAGGGAGUUUUGAUCGCGCCGUUGAGGAGUGGCGACAGUUCCACUGUGACAUGAACGACCUGGGUCAGUGGCUGGCUGACACUGAGGCGCUGCUGUCCGAAAGCAUCGGUCCUGAUGGACAGCUGGACCUGGAGUCUGCACGCCAGCGUCAAGAGGAGUUAGAGGACGGCCUCGCCAGCCACCAAGCCACUGUGGUCGGACUGACCCGCAGCGGAGAGCAGAUAAUUGGACAGUUGUCAUCCCCUGAUGGGCCUCUGCUCGAAGAGAAGCUUGAUGCUUUGAGUCAGCGCUGGCGGGCUGUCACUCGUCAGGUGCUGGACAGGAAGCGCAGGCUAGCUGGAGGAGACCCUGCGCUGUCAGACCUGCUGAGGAGAAGUGAGGAUUUGGCUCUGUGGCUGGAUCAGGCUGACAAUGCUCUCAGCUCCCUGCCUGUCACAGCGAGUGACAGAAGCCUUAAAGAACUCAAGGAUUUCGCCCUUCAGUUGGAUGCACAGAACGAGCGCCUGGGGUGGUUGAACAAGCACGCCCCGCAGAUCCUGUCCAGCCCCAGCCUCAGCCCUCACAGCAGGGACCAGCACGUCGCCAAGCUCCGGGGCAUUAACAUCAAAUGGAGUCAGGUGACGCAUGAGUUGUUAGACAAAGUGGGAGAGGUGGAGGCCAACCUGCAGAGCCACGGACAGUUCGAGGACAGAAUGAACCGACUGACUGACUGGCUGGUCAUCACACAACAGACAAUCCUGACCCGAGGGCUGAGUCAAAGCCAAGCACUGGAUCUUGAGGUCUCAAUGAAAGACAGGAAGAGAGACCUGGAGGACUUGUUGGCCCAGUCCAUCGAGCUGCAGAGACGGCAGCAACUGACGCCUCAAGAGAAGAUUCAGAUCGAGCAGCUGGCUGGAGACUGGAAAGCUCUAGAUUGUCGACUGAGGGAGACUCUUCAGCCGCCCGUCUCACCGUGGAUGCAGCAGCAACAUGUUCAGCACCAGCAGCUCGUGUCCUCAGUGCCCUCAGCGGUGCAGAUGGCUAGCUUGGUGAGCGAAGACCCCCACCAUCAAACCCCGCACAGCCCCGAAUCUGUGGCCCCCACUGAUCUCAAUGAGACCGCGACAGAGCUGGCCGACUGGCUGCUUCUCAUCACCCAGAUGCUGAAGUCGAAUAUUGUGACUGUCGGGGAUACAGAGGAGAUCCGGGCCACCAUGGGGCGUCUUCAGGUGACCAAGAGUGACCUGGAGCAGCGCCACCCUCAGUUGGAGGACAUUUUCACACUGGCCCAGAACAUAAAAAAUAAGACUUCGAACUUGGAUGUCCGGACCUCGAUUACUGAGAAGUUGGAAAAGGUGCGCAAUCAAUGGGACAGCACCCAGCACGGGAUCGAGGCAAGGCUGCAGCAGCUGGACAACAUGAUCGUCCACAGCAACCAGUGGGAGGAGCAGAGGAUGGAGGUGACGGGUCUGAUCGAGCACAAGGAAGGCUGGUUCCACAGUCUGCUGCAGAAGUCCAGAGAGCCUCUGACCAAUCAGCUCACAGACAGCAAGGCCUUUCUCCAAGAGCUCGGCCGAGGACAGCCCACGGUUGCGUCCUUCAAUGAGCUGUCCAGUCAUCUCCUGCGAGUGUACUCCUGCGAUGACACGAGGAGAAUCAAAGAGGUCACCGACGUCCAGAACGCUGCCUGGAACAGCCUCAACAACAGGGCGAAUGAUCGUCAGGCCCAGUUGGACGCAGAGCUGAAGGGGCUGCAGGCGUCUCUGCGGGAGCUGGAGAACUUCCUGAAAUGGCUGCAGGAAGCAGAGACGACCGUUAAUGUUCUGGCCGACGCCUCACAGAGGGAGGACGUGUCACAGGACUCCGCCCAUGCGAAGGCACUGAGACGACAACUGGAGGACAUCCAGGCCGAGAUCGAUGCUCAUAAUGACAUCUACAAGAGCGUGGACAGCAACAAGCCCAAGAUGGUCAAAGCUCUGGGGAGUUCGGAGGAAGCCGUGUUCCUGCAGCACCGACUGGAUGACAUGAACCAACGCUGGAGCGACCUGAAGGCCAAGUCCGCCAAUAUUCGGGCCCAUCUGGAAGCGAGUGCCGAGCGCUGGUCACGUCUCCUGGGGCUGCUGGAGGAGCUGUGGAGGUGGAUCUGCAUGAAAGACGAGGAUCUGGCAAAGCAGAUGCCCAUCGGGGGAGACGUGCCAACCCUGCUGCAGCAGCAAAACCACUGCACAGUGCUGCAGUCGGAACUCAAGGAGCGAGAACAGCUUGUGAUCAGUACUUUGGAUCAAGCCCGGAUGUUUCUUGCUGAGCAGCCCAUCGAGGGUCCCGGAGAGCCACGCAAGAACCUGCAACCAAAAGCAGAUCUUACGGCAGAGGAGAAAGCCAAAGGUUUGGCGCGGGCCAUCCGCAAGCAGACAGGUGAGGUGCGGGAGCGAUGGGAUCGGCUGAAAGGUCAUGUGGUCGGCUGGCACAAUCAAGUGGAGCAGGCGCUGGAGCGGCUUCAGGAGCUGCAGAGCUCCAUGGACCAGCUCGAUCUGCGGCUCACUCAGGCGGAGGAGGCCAAGGCUUCCUGGCAGCCCGUCGGGGAUCUCCUGAUCGACUCCCUGCAGGACCACAUCGACAAAACCCAGGCCUUCAGAGAGGAGGUUUCGCCGCUGCGUCAGGAUGUCCGAAUGGUGAACGAGCUGUCUGCUGGACUGACCCCGCUGGACAUCCAACUGUCCUCCACGGCUUCCAGGCAAUUGGACCAGCUCAACAUGAGAUGGAAGCUCCUCCAGGUGGCUGUGGAAGACAGGCUGAAGCUCCUCCAGGAAGCUCAUCGAGACUUCGGCCCAUCUUCUCAACACUUCCUGUCCACUUCUGUGCAGCUUCCAUGGCAACGUGCAGUUUCGCAGAAUAAAGUUCCAUAUUACAUCAAUCACCAGACGCAGACCACCUGCUGGGACCACCCCAAGAUGACAGAACUCUACCAGUCUUUAGCCGACUUGAACAACGUCAGGUUCUCAGCAUAUCGAACAGCGAUGAAGAUCCGCAGGCUACAGAAAGCUCUCUGCUUGGACCUGCUGGACCUCAGCGUGGCCCAGAACACGUUUGAACAGCACAAGCUGACCAACAACAACCAGCUGCUGUCGGUGCCGGACGUCAUCAACUGCCUGACGUCCAUCUAUGACGGUCUGGAACAGGAGCACAAGGACCUGGUCAACGUGCCGCUCUGCGUCGACAUGUGUCUCAACUGGCUGCUCAACGUCUACGACAUGGGGCGCAGUGGCAUGAUCCGCGUCCUCUCCAUGAAGAUCGGUCUACUCUCUCUAUCCAAGGGUCACCUGGAGGAAAAAUAUAAAUUUCUGUUCAGCCAGGUGGCAUCAGCGGGCGACACAUGUGACCAGAGGCAGCUCGGCCUGUUGCUACACGAAGCCAUCCAGAUCCCAAAGCAGCUGGGUGAGGUGGCCGCUUUCGGGGGAUCCAACAUCGAACCCAGUGUUCGCAGCUGCUUCCAGCACGUGAACAAUAAGGUGGAGCUGGAGCCCAGACAGUUUGUCGAAUGGAUGCGCCUGGAGCCUCAGUCGAUGGUUUGGCUCCCGGUCCUGCACAGAGUGGCUGCAGCAGAGACGGCCAAGCACCAGGCCAAGUGCAACAUCUGCAAGGAGUGUCCUAUUGUCGGGUUUAGGUAUCGCAGUUUGAAGCAUUUCAACUACGACGUUUGUCAGAGCUGCUUCUUUUCCGGGCGCACAGCCAAAGGCCACAAGCUCAACUAUCCCAUGGUGGAGUACUGCACGCCGACGACCUCAGGGGAGGACAUGCGGGACUUCACCAAAGUACUCAAGAACAAAUUCCGCUCCAAAAAGUACUUUGCGAAACACCCACGACUGGGCUACCUUCCCGUGCAGACGGUUCUGGAGGGUGACAACAUGGAGACUCCUGUCACCCUCAUCAGCAUGUGUCCAGAGCAGUACGAGCUGUCCCAGUCACCUCAGAUCUCUCAUGAUGACACCCAUUCACGGAUUGAGCAGUACGCCAGCAGGUUGGCACAGAUGGAGCGGUCAAACGGUUCCCUGCCCACGGACAGCAGCUCGGCCACAGGGAGCAUGGACGAUGAGCACACGCUGAUACUCCAGUACUGCCAGACCCUGGGCGGGGAGGGCUCCCCCUACAGUCAGCCUCAGAGUCCAGCCCAGAUCCUGCAGGCGGUGGAGAGGGAGGAGCGCGGCGAGCUGGAGCGGAUCAUCGCACGUCUGGAAGAAGAACAGAGGGCCCUGCAGAGGGAGUAUGAGCAGCUCAAGGAGCAGCACGGCCAGCGGGGGGCGCCAGCUGGAGGUCCCUGGGAGCUGGACAGCUCCGCCGCUCACGCGGAUGAGUCCGAUCUCCUCGCCGAGGCCAAGCUGCUGCGACAACACAAGGGGCGGCUGGAGGGCCGGAUGCACAUCCUGGAGGAACACAACAAGCAGCUGGAGUCGCAGCUCCACCGCCUGCGGCAGCUUCUGCACCAGCCGGAGGUGGAUCUGAGGGUCAAUGGUGUUUCAUCCCCCGCGGCGCAGGAUCGAGGGCCACUUGCAGAGAGCUCAGCCUCCAGCCUCUCAGCACGACCACAGGUGAUGUGAGGACGGACGUUGCCAGUAACCACGUGAAGAUGUCGGAACCCCCCAAAAAACUUUCACCUUUAAAACCCAAAGACGCACAGGACCAGACAACUUAACCAUUCGUCCCACCUUCGUCUUGUACUAUGCAAACUGUACAUAACCUGAACCGUAGAACAGAACCAGCCUCCGCAUCUGUCCGCCAUUUGUUUCCACUCAGCACCAUGAAGAUGGGACGGGGGCGUCGGGUGUAUAUUCAAACAUGCUCUGUCCGUUUGUCACAGAAAUGUUAGGGGUUCCAAACCCCCUUUUUUUGGAAAUCACACUGUUACAAUUCUUUCGUCAUUCCGAUGCUAGGUUUGCUCCUGGCGUUGAUGUCCGGUUCCCCCUUUAAACCAAUGCCAGGCUUCGAUUUGAAUAUGAACUUCACCCCGUCUGUGCCUCAACAGUUUGUCAUUCCAAGAGUGGAAAACUGGUCCAAAAGAGUAUAAAGUGGUAUUGUGUACAAAGAGAGAGAUUUUGGAAAUAAAUCUAGAUUUUAACAGGUAUGGGGUUCGUAAGAGGCCCGCGUCAAUACUAGAGUAGUUUUCUAAAGCUAUUUGUCGAGAAAUCAGAGGAAAGCCAUGAUUGCCUUGCUACCUCAGACUCAUAGACACAGUUUUGUGUGGAUUGUAAACAGUUGUGUGUCUUUUUAGAACUCUGACAACCUGGUUGCUUCCUGUAUCAGUGUCCACCUCAAUGAGGAGUUACAAAAAACGAGUCACUAUUACUGUACUACCAUGAGUCUGUGGCCUGCUGGAGCUAGACGCCUGUCACGAUGGACCAUCCGAUCCCCCCUCAGGCCCGCGAGCUCGGGUCCUUUCACCGCGUCGUGUUCUUGUGCGCUAUACUAUCCUGUAAAACUUGUGGACUGAACAACACUACUAUAGCCUCCUCUGACCGUCGGCUCAUAUUGAUUGAUUGUCUUGAUCACAAUCGUAAUGAAAAGGUGUCAUUUUUCCUGAGGUAUGUAAAAUAGAACAUCACGAUAUGUGUAAUAUGGCUACGUUGUUUUAUUCUAAAUAAAAUUUUUGUAACAACUACACUACGUGUGGGG